AGAGGAAUCCCUGAAGAAACCCUGGAAAUAGAGGAGAGAGUAUAAAGGGAAAAGAAACAACUAAGGGAUGACAUAGCCAAAGACAUGAGGAUCCUACAGCUGAAUGAAUGUGUGAAAAUCUUGAGCUUCAACCAACAUACCUAAGACAAGGGACCUAUCCCAACCAAACCAAAGUACUUUUAUACCAAAGCAACCAAAACCAAAACCAAACAGAACAAAACCAAGACGAGAGGUCUUAAAGUCUGAGUCCAUCACCUACAGUAUAUUUUAUAUUGUCAAGAUGAAGCUGGAUAGCACACCAGGAGACAUGAGCGGGUGGAGGGAGGUGGACUUCGCCCUCAACUGCACCUACAUUGUACCAGACCAGGUGUCGGACCCCAGUUUCAGCUUGCCCAAAGCCAUGACCUCCAUCCCACGCAAUCUCACCUUCGAAUACGGCACAGACAACGAGGUGACAGGUGUGUUCAGCAAAGAGUACAUUCCUAAGGGGACUCGGUUUGGUCCCCUGCAAGGAGACAUCUACACCAAAGACAACGUACCCAAACAGGCCAACAGAAAAUACUUCUGGAGGAUUUACAGCGGUGGCCAGCUUCAAAACUUCCUUGAUGGCUAUGACGUCCACAGGAGCAACUGGAUGCGUUACGUCAACCCAGCCCGCUCACUGCCCGAACAGAACCUUGUGGCGUGCCAGAACGGCCGAGACAUCUACUUCUACACCAUCCGGCCGGUGGAGCCCAAGCAGGAGCUGCUGGUCUGGUACAGCCGGGAGUUCGCCCAGAGGCUCUGCAGCCAACAGGACGACAUCAAACAGAAAUACAUGAGUGCUGAUGAAGACCACGAGCCAGAGUACACUAAGCACCUACCUCAGCAGACAUGGCUCAAAGAGAGAAUGAGGGAAGACAUGAAAGAAGAGAGGGAUGACGAAGGAGAGGAGAAGAUUGAUGUGGAGAUGUUGGAGAGGGACACUCCGCCCGACACCCCUGACGAGCAGAUCAUGGACUUCAGCAAAAAGGUUGAGAAGGAGGAGAGGGGCGAAAGGGAUCCAGAGGACCUGGGGAUCAUUCCUUCCCCUCAGCCUGAACACAGAGAACCCAGCCUGGGCUUAAAUCACCCAUAUUUACCAGAUCACCAUCCGGCACUCUCACACAGAAAUCUCCCCCUUCAUCUCCACGGCCUCUACGGGCACAGGGAAGGGCUAGUGUCAUCUUACCCUCUUUACCCCCAGUCCAGACCCCUCCAGCCCCCCUACCAGCUUCUUCCCCCCUACGGCCCGCACUAUCCUCGCUUCCUCCUCCCCUCGUACUCCCCUCCCUUUCCUGGGAUGCUGCCCUCAAGAGGAUCCCUCCGAUACAGCAGCUAUCUGGGCACAGACGGACUCCCAUACCCACCUAUCGGCUCACCUAAUCUACUUCCAGUGUCCCUCCCCUACCCUCCGUCUCCACAGGGAGGUCUGAAAGAACUAACGCCAAAUGUAUCACCACCACGAGGCGCCCCAGCCACUCCAGAGCUCUCCCCUCUCCCCAAGACCACCAGCCAACAUCAGUCCCCUGAGCAGUCUUCCUCUGGCUGCGAGGAGGCCAUGAACCUGAGCCUGACUACAACCAAAAGCAGCACAGCGCCUCGCAACGGCCCUGGCCACAAAUCCCUGCCCUACCCACUGAAGAAGCAGAAUGGAAAGAUCAAGUACGAAUGCAAUAUCUGCUCAAAGACCUUCGGACAACUGUCAAAUCUCAAGGUCCAUCUCCGAGUGCACAGUGGUGAGAGACCGUUCCAGUGUAACUUGUGUAAAAAGAGCUUCACUCAGCUGGCCCACCUCCAGAAACAUCACCUGGUCCACACGGGGGAGAAACCGCAUGAAUGCCAGGUGUGUCACAAACGCUUCAGUAGCACCAGCAAUUUGAAAACACACCUGCGACUCCACUCUGGAGAAAAACCUUAUCAGUGCAAGCUGUGCAGCACCAAAUUCACCCAAUACAUCCACCUCAAACUGCACCGCCGCCUCCACAGCAGCCGCGACCGCCCCUACCGCUGCCAGCUCUGCGCCCAGGCCUUCUUCCACCGCUUCUCCCUCCGCAUCCACCAGCGCACCUGCUGCCUGGCUAACUCCAACGCUCCUGUCAACGUGCACAUGAAAGAGAUGGUGGAGCGGUUUGACGCAAGCCAGGAGGCCGACACGCUCACAGAAACGGCAUCUGCACCACAGGUGGGGGAAGCUGUUGAGCGUUGGUUGGCUCGUACCUUGGAGGGUGAAGGGAAGGAGGAUCAGAAGGAGGCAACCAUACUGCUGAAAGCCCUGACAGCAGCUAUUAACGCACCAACAAUGCCCAUGGUCCAACCAGUGGUACCUGCAUCACAUCACAGCCCUCCGUUGGCCUAUCAGGAGAGGGCCAGUGUUGUCCAUCUCCACAAACGGCCAACAGUGAAGACAGAGGGACAGUGAGAGGAGAAAACAUAAAGAUGAACAUACAGCAUAUCAUCAACAAAGAAAACAGAGGUCGCCAAAUAAAACUCCCUAUAUUGUCCAUGAGGGGCAUAAGAGGGAAUAUGUACUUUCAUAAUCCACUGAGCGCAACACCAAAAGAAGAGCAUUCCAAAGACUGGGCGAGGGUAUUCGGUGAUUGUACUUCCUCCCGAAACUCAGUUUAGAAAAUUAAAAGAGGAAGGCAUUGUUAAGCUGUGAAGUAUUUAAAACUCUUUUCACUCAGGUAGAGAAGUGUUUGCUUUUUGUGCUUUAACUUAUUACUUUUUUUUUAAUUUGAGUCAUCUAUAUUUAUUUAGUUUUAUCAUAGUUUGUCUUUGCUGUUAGUGUUUUUUAUUUUUUAUUUUUUUGACAUGUUGACAUUUCCAAGGAGAUCUGAUCUCUUAGGAAAACCACAAAUGGACUCAGGAACAAUAACAUGGCAUAAACCUGUGGAUAAGUCUUCACUUGUUAUAUCAUGUAUUGUUUUACUUUGUUGUGUGACAGUGUGUUUGAGCUUCUGGAUGCAUGUGUACAAUGAGUGGAAGUAUAUAUGAAAGACAGGGUACAGUGAUAGCACAAACCACCUUCCUGCUCCUGAACUUUUUUAUUUAUUAAUGAUUAAAAAGGGAAAAAAAAUCAGGUAUCUUGAAACUGUUUUAAUAAGCAAUUGCCAAAAUUACAAUCAAAGAACAUGUAUGUGUAGCACAAUUUUUGGAUUACUAUUGAACUGAUUUUAACAUUAGGAGAGACAAGAUUCAGAUAACGCAUUAUUCAAGUCAUGCUUUGGUUAUCCAGCAACUUCUCAAAAAACCAAAUGACACCAAAAGAAAAUAUUAUAGAUUUGAUGUGAUCACAUUAUCACAAUGAAAUAUUUACAUGGCUUCUAUUCUUUGUGUAUUGCUAUGUAGCUCUUUGCAAGAGUCAAGUGUUUCAGCUAUUUCUCACAUACAGUACAAAGCUUUACUGUGAAUGUCUGUAAAGUCGAGCUUCAUCCAAAUCUUAAUUCAGACCUUGGUACCUCAUGUUCAGCACUGGACAACAAAAAACAAGCAAAACAGGAGCACAGUCUUCCAGCAUUGUUAAUAUUUUUGUCACUUAGUACUGGAAUGAAAAUGCAACUAGGUCUGUGUGCUUUUGGUGUUACCUUAAAUGAGAAGGCGGGAACUGUUCUUGAAAAUUUGACUACUGAGUCAGUAAUGUCUUUUACCAUUUUGUAGUUUCUCUUUCUUUUAUCCAGUAUGUUUCGAUAUGUAGUUUAUUUUUCAAAACAGGUUAUGAGAUGUUAAGAAUUUAUAUGUGAGAGAAUAUUUUGAUGAUACUUUUAUA